GAAGCUGUAAUUCCUAUAUUCUUCGUUCGUCGCUGGCAAAGACAGAAGCGAGGAGACCCAGACACACACACCACACUAGACAUGGCGGAGGCGUACAGUGGUCUUGUAGCUGCUACGGUCAGGUCACUGAUUGUCUACCCGAUCAAAUCAUGCCAAGGAAUUUCCCUUCGUCGAGUUCCCAUCUCUUCCACUGGUUUCCGUUGGGAUCGGCAAUGGUUAGUGGUGAAUUCCAAAGGCAGGGCAUACACGCAAAGAGUUGAACCGAGGCUUGCUCUAGUUGGAGUGGAGCUUCCAAGUGAAGCAUUCUCUGAGAAUUGGAAGCCAGACAAGUCCUCAUAUUUAGUGAUAAAGGCUCCUGGCAUGAGUGACCUUAAGGUUCCACUAAUCAGACCAACCAAAACAGUGGAUGGUGUCUCGGUGUGGGAAUGGUCCGGAUCUGCAGUGGAUGAAGGAGCUGCCGCAGCAGAAUGGUUCACUUCUUAUCUCGGGAAGCCUAGCAGGCUAGUGCGAUUUAAUGACGCAUCGGAGGUGAGGAAUGUGGAUUCCAAUUAUGCACAAGGAUAUAAAGUUAUGUUUGCAGAUGGGUAUCCAUUCCUAUUGGUGUCACAGGGAUCUAUGGAUGCCUUAAAUUCUCUUCUCAAGGAGCCUGUACCUGUCAACCGGUUCAGACCCAAUAUUCUGGUGGAUGGAUGUGAGCCAUUUAUGGAGGAUGUGUGGGCCGAGAUUCGAAUCAAUGAGUCAACAUUCCGAGGUGUGAAAUUAUGCUCUCGAUGUAAGGUACCGACAAUUAAUCAAGAAACUGCAGUAGCAGGCCCCGAGCCUAUGGAGACUCUUUUGACCUUCCGGUCUGAUAAGGAUCUGCGUCAAAAAAAUAAAUCACAGAAAGGAAAGAUGUAUUUUGGGCAGAACAUGGUAUGUAGUGACUCACUUAAUAAAGGGACAGGAAAGAUGAUCAAAGUUGGAGAUCCUGUGUUUGUCCUAAGAACUGUGGCCUCGGCAAACGAUGCUCCUGCGUAAUGGAUGAUAUCUGCAUCUGCUACUACCUCACCAACACAAUAAAACACAAUAGUUAAGUUCAUAUGAUAAUAAGUAAGUUUGGUUAAUGAUACUCCAUUUUCGUGUAUAAUAAGUUUCUCAGCAAUCAUUUGCUAGAACUCAAAACCUAUCCACCCCGUGAUAUAUAUGUAUAUGUCUAUGUUAUAUAUAUGCUGUGCCUUUCAUAUC